CGCUUCUCUAAACUGAAUACAGCAGCGAGCAGAGUAGGAAAAUAAAUCCACACACGAAUUGAUAACGAUGGAAGUAAAAGAGGAACCUCAGGAACUGAAUGAAGUGGAGGAGAUACAAGAAGAAUCUGACCCCAAUCAACAUGGAAAGAGUUCACAAAAAGGACAACAUAGUGAUGACAGUAAAGAGAAAAGUCACACAUUCCAGGAGUCUGGAGAAGGUUUUAAAUAUGCUAAAAACCUUAAGAAACAUUUGGGAACUCACUUUGGAGAGACAUCGUACAAAUGCCCUCAUUGCAAAAAGGGUUUUACACGUGCAGAUAACUUUUAUAUACAUUUAAGAACUCAUCCUGAAGAGAUGCUGUACAAAUGCCCUCAAUGCGAAAAGGGUUUUACACGUGCAGAUAACUUUUAUAUACAUUUGAGAACUCACCCUCAAGAGACUCUGUACAAAUGUGAUCAGUGUGAAAAAUGUUUUACACAGCCAAAUAGCUAUAAGAGACAUUUGAUUACUCACACUGAAGAGAAACCGUACACCUGUCUUCAGUGUGGGAAGAGUUUUACACGGAAACAGAACUUUAACAUUCAUGAACUAAUUCACAAAGGAGUAAAACCUUACACCUGUCCUCAAUGUGGAAGGAGUUUUACACAGAAAUUAAGUCUUAAGAAUCACAUAACAUUACACACUGGAGUGAAGCCUUACACCUGUCCUCAGUGUGGAAAUGGUUUUACACAAAAAUUAAGUCUGGAAAAUCACUUGAGAAUUCAUACAGGAGAGAAACUUUUCACGUGUUCUUUGUGUAAAAAGGGUUUCAAAACGGCAUCAUAUCUCAAAGUCCACCAGCAGAGUCAAUGUGAAGAAAAAUCAUUUAACUGUGAUGUGUGUGGAAAAACAUUUGGCUUAGCAAAUCUUCUGAAACGACACCAGAGACUUCAUGUCAGAGAAAAGCCCUACAUAUGUCCUGUCUGUGCAAAGAGUUUUGCAGUGUUGGAUUAUUUGAGAAAACACCAGAAAGUACAUACUGAUGAGAAAACUCAUGUGUGCUCUGAAUGUGGGAAAACUUUUUUGACAGCCAGUGCCUUGACAAAGCACCAAGGAUUCCAUACUGGAAAAAAAACACAAACAUGUUUACAGGGUGAAAAGGGAUUCACAGAUAUAGCUUAACAUUUGUACAUGUAUUUAAGCACCACAGUUUUAAAUUAAGUGAUUUUAGUCGUUGAAAAACACACAACAUUGCUACAGGAUAUGCACGCAUUGUUUCUGUUUGAGAGGAGCGUGCAAGCCGCGCAUCCGCUUUUUAUUGAGCUUGUGAGUAUUUUUGCCGCUGUAUUAGCCUUCAAUACACACAUGCGUCAAAAUUCCUGGCUUUUGCAAGUAUCCUCAUAAACACGACAAUUUAGGUCUUAAGAGAAAGUAAACGGCUAUAAGAGAAAAUCAAUGUGUAACGGUAUAUUAGAUCUGGUCUUUGGUCUUAAAGGGAAAGUUACCUAAUUUAGCUCCUGUCUGUCACUUGUGUUUAUCAAACAACAUUGAGAGAAAAUCUCUCUCUCCUCUUAACUAAAUCACUUUUCUACCUUUAAUAAGAUUUGUAUGUCGAAUUCUACACAAGUUUGAUUCAAGUUGCUCGUUCAGGGUUCAUAUACUGUAUUAGCUAUGACUGUGAAAAACAAACUCUGAAUUAUUUCUUCAUGUGUACUACAUAAUAUGAAAUACAAAUUUCUGUAACACUUUAUGAAAAGGUUGUAUUUGUUCACAUUAGUAAAUGCA